AUGCCGUCUGCCGCAGCUCGACGACUGUAUGAGGACCAAAUACCCUCGUUCAUGUCCAUAAUAGACCCCGACUCAGAAAACUACGACGACACGGCCGGAAUCAUUCCCGUGGUGGACUCCAAGUUUAUGGCGAUGGAUUCGACGUAUGGUGUGCCGCCUUUCCCAGGCCAGACACCGCAGCUUUCGCAGCAUCUCUCCGCUAUGCCUGCCGACGCCUUACACCGGCACCACGACAGCACUUCGACACAUAACUCUGCUGACUCGUCACCUACGACAACCCUGACCACAGACACAUCUUCGUUGUCAGAUCCGUCACCGUCCUCAUCCCCAGACUCGCCAGUCAAUCUGAUACCACUGAACAACUACCCGGGAACUACUUUUGGCAGCCUCUCGACCACCAUGAACACACUUACUGUGAACGAGCCUAGUGCCAACAACCACUUUCAGCGACCAAUGACAUCGCCCUCACCAAGGCGACGCAACAUGAAGGGUCUCUCGAUACAGCCUCCGUUUGCAGCUUCGCUUUCCACGACCCUGGUCUCAGAACCUUCCUCGCCCUCCUUCAUCAAGCCCAAGAUUCCAGGCAUGAAGCGCAAGCCAAGUCAGUUGAGUCUCAAGACUGACACUCAAGGGUUGAACAUCCGCCCGACGACCAUCGAGGCACCAGGUUCGCCGAGUGUUGUGCCUAUCUUGCAGCGGCGAGCACUCAAACACUCGACUUCAUCGCCGCACAUGCUCUCUGGCAUGAAGUCGGCGACAUUCGGUCCUGCUGGUGGAAUGACCUUUCCUACUCUCUCCGAGAGAGGACAGUCGGGCUUGUCCGAGGUCCUUCGACCCUCCAGACUCAACAGCUCGGGCAGUAGCAGCAACAACAAUAGCAAUAACAACCGGGUAUCGCUCAUCAUGGAAGAAGACUCGUCUCCAAUCCGAGCUCAGCAUGCAAGCUGUGCCGCCAUGGAUUUUGAGCCCUUCCGUGACGAGAGCGAGGCCAACGAGGACCAAAAGUCGCCUGGGUACCCUGACGGGCCGAUCGCCAUAUACGAUGAUAACGUGUACCUGUAUCUCGAACCGACAGCGGACGAGGCAGCCAAGUUUGACGUUGUGAUUAACGUCGCGCGGGAGGUUCACAACCCCUUUGACGACACUUUCGGCAAACGCAGGGCGUCAGAUGUAGAGUCCCCGAUACCAGACACUGCUCUCACAACUGAUAGCUUUGCCACUGCCUUUGAAUACCCCAUGGAAGACCGCGUUGAGACGCCUACCACUCCGAAGGCAGCCAAUACUCUGAAGGAACCCGAGUACAUUCACAUGCCCUGGGACCACAACACAGAUAUCGCGACUGAUUUGAUGAGCCUCUGUGAGACGAUUGAGAAGCGGACGAAGGAAGGCAAGAAGGUACUCGUACAUUGCCAGCAGGGUGCUAGCCGAUCCGCCAGUUUGAUCAUCGCAUACGGCCUCUACCAGAACCCGGGCAUCAGUGUGAACGACGCCUACUAUCGCGCCCAAACCAAGAGUCGUUGGAUCAGCCCGAACAUGAGGCUUAUGUAUUGCCUGCAAGAUUUCCAGAAGGAGGUGAUGAAGAAAAGGUUACCACGAUCAGCUGCGGGCCCACGAAGCGGGAGAAGUCCUACAAAGCAUCGGCUUACCUUGUCUGCCGAUGCUAUCGAGAUCAAACCUAAGGAGCCUCUCUCUGCUCCACUACCCGAAGAAAGUCCCAAGGAUGCGCAGGCAACCAGUCCGCAACGCAGCCCGCAACAUUCCCGCGGAAAGUCGACCCCCAACUUGGAGGCAAUUUCGCCUGGUCCUUCGUCCGCCCCAUCGAGCUUUUCGUGGUCUGAGCAGGACGUCAACAAAUCGGCUGGAGAGCCUGGCAAGUUCAAUCUGGACAAGCUGUUGAACCCGCCCAGGUUUUUCGAGUCCGAGUCGGAAGAAACAUUCCCACCACGUGGAUCAUCUUUCUUCAAAGCUCCUCCGUCUCCCGGUUUAAAACCACCGGCGACCUCCCUAGGAUUUACGCAAGCCCCGAAGCUCAGCUUCAACUCGGUUCCGUCACUGGCAUUCCAGCCCCCUCCAUCUCCCGGCUUCCCGUCCAUGUCCCAGGGUUUCAAACCCCCGCCGUCGCCUGGAUUUCCUCCCGUCUCUCAGAGCUUCAGACCUCCUCCAUCGCCGGGUUUCCCACCUGUAUCGCAGAGCUUUAGACCCCCGCCGUCGCCUGGUUUCCCCCCCGUCUCCCAGGAGUUCAAGCCUCCGCCUUCACCCGGGUUUGGGGCGCAUCGGUUCGGGAACGGCCCGCAAAGUUUUGGUUUCUCGAGUCUAAACUUCGGCAGUAUGGAAGCCUCGCUCGACAGCCAACUGCAUGAGUCCGCUCAGCAGGAUGUCCACGUCACCCGUGCCCUGCCUGACGACGAUGCCUUGAUGUCACCAAGAGCUGAGACUAUGACAAACAAUCCCUUGCAUGACUCAUUUGGCGAAAUGGCGGGUAUGAAGUUCGUGGAGGUGCCACCGACCCCUAACGAGGAGCAACUCGGCUUAUUCUCGCCACGUGAGACCAUGUUUCCUAGGGACCCUUUCUACCCCUUUGGGAGACCAACCCAGGUCACGGAUCCCAGGAGUCCUCCGACCAAAGGAGAGACUCCCAUUGUGCGAUCAAUCGACGAGGUGUUAUAG